UGUACGAGCAGGAUCGCGCCAGGGUACAAUAAAGGACUGGUGCAAGGCAGACAUUGAACGUUAUCAGCUCAGGUGUUUAUGAAAAAAGGACCUAAAGGCCUAAAAAAAACGCCUAUCCCGUAUUUACAAAGCGAAUUUCGCAAGAAGUUCUGGCUGAAAGCACACGCGCAGCUAACGUGAUACAGACCACUGCAGGACCAACUCCUGUCACCAUGGGCCGAGAUUACUGGCCGUUCGUGCUCACCUGUGUGCUGGGUUUCCUCAACCUUCCAUUAACGACAGCUACACCAUGCGGUGGGCUAACUGCAACGACUGAAAAGAAGCUCCUUACCUCAGAAGGGUAUCCUAUCAAAUAUGAACCUUCACAAACAUGCUCGUGGAGUCUCCAGGCAUCUAACGCUACCAAGAAUGUAAUUCUAGAAACAGUGGACAUGAUGAUACAACCCUCAACUGGUUGUGUUGAUGAUUCAGUCAGCAUAUAUGACGGUGACUCCAACUCUAGCACUAAGCUACACACGUUAUGUGGAGACAGUCGUGUGUUUGUGACCUCAUCGGGACGGAACAUGUACCUUGAAUUUCGUUCCAACAGUAUUCUGGAGACAAGAGGCUUCCAGUUCCGAUACUACCAGGGAGACAAAGCAACGCCUUGCACGUUCACGUUCACUGCUACACGGGAUGUGAAGACCUUCAACUCACCUGGCUACCCCAUUGCAUACUUCAACGAUGUAUCCUGUGAAUAUUCAAUUCAAGCGGCCGAUGCGUCAGAUAGUCUGCAAUUGAGGUUUACAGACGUUGAUGUUCAAUCAUCUCAAACUUGUCGUUACGACAACAUCAGCGUGGCAAAUAUAAUUUCAGGUGGAGAUGACCCAGUUGCCACAAUCUGUGGUAUGCCGAACUCAACCUACCAAGGAGGAAACAACAUGAAGGUCACAUUUACCUCAGAUGGGUCGAGGGUCAAUAAAGGAUUUUCAGUUGGAUAUCGGAGCGUCCCGAAGGACGAAUGUUCAAUACACGCCCAGGCCACAGAUAUGGACGCGUUUAUCCUGUCUCCAGGGUACCCGACUCAGUACUACAGCAACAUGAACUGCCGCUGGACCAUCGUGGCGACGGAUAACGAUGCUACGGUCGAACUGGUUGCUGUCAUCUCCGACAUUGCCGACACUUCCCCAUCUUGCAGCAGUGACAGAGUGUCUGUGACGGACUCUGAUAUGACAGAACUGGGGAUAUUCUGUGGAACGAACAAACCUACAUAUAAUAGUACAGGACCAAACGUGACUGUUGUCUUCACGACUGAUGGCACCAAUCAGGCAACAGGAUUUCGUCUGAAAUACAAGCAGAAACGAGCCACACUGUCAACGUGUGGAGGGGCAUUAACAGCUUCAGGUCCUGAGGAACUGCUUUCGCCAGGCUACCCAAGAGCAUAUUUGAGGUCACAAACAUGCAUAUGGACAAUUACAGCCUAUAAUGAGAGCUUCGUCAAUCUCAAGCUUGUUGACAUUGAUGUAGAAGUUAGUGAUCGCUGUCAGCCGGAUAGCCUCAAGAUAUAUGACGGGGACAGUUCUGCAAGUCCUCUUCUGGGAACUUGGUGUGGACAAAUGAACGGUUACAGGUUACAAAGCACAGGGAAUGUGAUGACUCUUGUCUUCAACACUGACGACUCCAAUAACGGAAGAGGAUUCAACGUCAGAUAUACACAAGAAUCAACUAGUAUGGUAUGCGACCAAAGAUUUGAAGCUACAGACACAUAUUCCUACAUCACCUCGCCGAACUACCCGAAUUCUUUCCCAGGUGUUUCUGGCUGUUCGUCGUACAAAAUAGAAUGCGGCUUUGAUACAAGAAACAAGCUCGAAGUGCUGGAGUUAAAUCUCCCUGAACGAGUAAGUGGCGAGUGUACGAGUGACUACAUAACAGUACAUGACGGGUGGUACAACACAUCCAUACCACUCAAGUCCAUCAACACCCAAAAUUUCCGGUUCUGUGGUAAGGAACUGCCGACGUUCGUGAGCCCCAGGUUCUUCAUGUUUGUCCAAUUCCACAGUACACAAGCAACAACAACCAGCAGCUUCCGGAUGAGAUAUUUGGAAGGAAUAUUUGCGGAUGAAUAUGUGUCUCCCUGUGGCGGGUCACUGAUUGCGACUGAUGGAGUUCAGAACAUUACAUCACCAAAUUAUCCAAACAAUUAUACAGGGUUCGUAAAUUGUACAUGGACCAUUACAGCAACAGAUAGUACCAAGAUGGUACGGCUCUUCUCAACAGACUUCCAACUGCUUAAACGUCCUUUUCCUUAUCCUAAUUGUGAUGUUAGUAUUCAUUACUUAAGAAUAUACGACGGUGGCUACGACAGUAACUACGUUGCAGAAUGUCAUAAACAGGCUUUGAUGCAACACCAGAGCACCCAAAACAAAAUGACAGUGGUACUAAAAGCGUUUGCUCAUACAAAUGCAUUCAGACUUCAGUACACCCAAACAGCAGAUCUGUUGUCAUGUGAUCAUGUAAAAGACAUCGGCGAUUACGGUUCAAUUAAGUUUCCUGGAAGUGUGGAGGGACCAGUGCAAGGCCGUUCCUGCUCAUGGUUGUUGAGAAGAACAUCGAUGGAGGACGACAGAUAUCUUAAACUGACGAUUAAUUCGACUGCUUUAAUUCAAAGCCCGAAUUGUACAAAGGAUUACAUUAGGGUAUACGAUGGUCAAUCAUCAUCAAGCCCUUUAAUUGGACGCUUUUGUGGUGGGAAAGUAUCAGAGCUUUCUAUUUUCGGAAACAAUGUCUUUAUCACUUCAGCCAUGUCUGGUCAAGGAUUUUUCGAUAUUGACUACAGUUCAGGUUUAACCGUUCUCUUGGAUGAAACGAAGUACCUUUAUCCCGACAGGAAGAGCAUCCUAACAUCUCCAAAUUAUCCCUUAAAUUAUCCACGGAAUGCUGAAUUCUCUUGGACACUAACGACAUACGUAGAAAAAGUUGUCGUUGAAGUGAUGUCGUCACAGAUAGAGAUGUCAGAAGGCUGCGUCAACGACAGAGCUGAAGCAUACGAUGGUGCGUCAAAGAAAGACAAACUUCUUGGAAAGUGGUGUGGCACAGAGACGCCAUCAUUUGAAAGUUCUGGAGAAAGUCUGACCAUCGUAUUGUUUAGCAACGACAACGAAAUCGCUGGCAAGGGGUUUAAAAUCAAGUACUACAAUGAGAAAGAAUCAGAUCGUGGAUACAUCAUUGGAGGUGUAGUUGGCGGUGUACUGGUAAUUUUAGUGAUUGGAGCAGCUGUAUUCAUCUGUGUUAAAAGACCGUGUAAAUCUCGACAUAACAUGGUACAAGCAAAGUAUGUGUACAAACAUUAAGUUACUAAUAAGGAGCAUGCCGUUCAGAUAUGACCGAUACGAGAGAAUACGGAGAACAGUUUAAAUCUUAAAGCACAAUGUACAUAGGUUUACAUCUGGUAGAAUAUUGAAU